GGCGGCGGGCGGGCGCUGAGGGCCGGCGGCGGCAGCAUGGAGGCGAUCUGGCUGUACCAGUUCCGUCUGAUCGUCAUCGGCGACUCCACCGUGGGCAAGUCCUGCCUCAUCCGCCGCUUCACCGAGGGCCGCUUCGCCCAGAUCUCCGACCCCACCGUGGGCGUGGAUUUCUUCUCCAGGCUGGUGGAGAUCGAGCCUGGCAAGAGGAUCAAGCUGCAGAUCUGGGACACGGCCGGGCAGGAGCGGUUCCGGUCCAUCACCAGAGCCUACUACAGGAACUCGGUGGGAGGACUGCUCCUCUUUGACAUCACAAACCGCAGAUCUUUCCAGAACGUGCACGAGUGGCUGGAGGAGACCAAGGUGCACGUGCAGCCCUACCAGAUCGUGUUUGUGCUGGUGGGGCACAAGUGUGACCUGGACACGCAGCGGCAGGUGACCCGGCACGAGGCAGAGAAACUGGCUGCUGCCUACGGCAUGAGGUACAUCGAGACCUCGGCCCGCGACGCCAUCAACGUGGAGAAGGCCUUCACCGACCUGACCCGGGACAUCUACGAGCUGGUGAAAAGGGGGGACAUUUCCAUCCAGGAGGGAUGGGAAGGGGUAAAGAGCGGCUUUGUCCCGAACGUAGUGCACUCCUCAGAAGAAGUGGUGAAAUCAGAUAGAAGGUGCUUGUGCUGAGCUCCUCUAGGGAGGCCGUGGUGAUGAACUCUACUAACCAAACGUUCUUUACUAAGUGAACUCAGUGUGACAGAGGGGAGAGCCACGCUCCCGUUGAGAACAGCCUCCCACGUUGUUUUGGACACCAGGACAGACCCUGGAAAGAAAUGUUCUGUUCCAAAUAACCUUUCAGAACUGGGGGCUACAAACCUGAAGGAGAGUGAGUGAGGGUGCAUGUGGAUGUUGUAAGGAGACAGGAAGCAAAAAUGAGGGGCUGCACAACACAGGAGAGGGUAUACAGAGCUGAAUAGGCUGGUACAUGCCAGGGUACUCUACAUGUUCUCUUUUAAGUAAACCUAUAGCUCCCUGAUGGCCUUUGGAGCCACAGGAUGGAUACGCAGUCGUAUGACAAACAGGCAGACAGAGAGAAAGCAGGAGGACAUUUUGGUUUGUGUCAGCUAUUUCUUUCCAGGAAGGUCUAAAGGCAGCACAGAUACCAUUUCCUCAUAAGGUCAGUUCCACAGGAGAAGUUUACUGACAGGGUAUGCACACUUCUGAGUUUUCUUUCUUAUGUUCUUGAACCUAGUCAAUAGCAAAGAAUAUUUUGUGGGGUUUAAAGAGGUAAACAGUACUCACUUGAUUGGUAAUUAAAGUUUCAAUUAUUCAUCCCUUAACAGUGUUUUUCUUGCUGUGCUGAACCAAGACUCUAAGUGGCAACUCUUGCUGCAGUAGAGAUUAUUCAAUGCAAUUUUUACUCAUUUAGUGCCUGGGUGAGUACCUUGAAAGUACCCCAAGUUCAGGCUUUCCAGCAGGAUUAAGUGAUCAAGAGCAUAAAGAGAGAACCAUGUCCUCAGGUGUUAUGUGUUAAGACUGGGGUGUUGCAGCCAGGUGGGCCACACCAUUUCUGACUCAGUAACAGCACUGUGCUGACCUUACCAGCCAGGUCACAAGGAGGAAUGGAAAGGAAGGAGGGAAAGAAGAAACCCAACAAAAUAAAAAACUUGAAAAGCUUAACUCAGGUGCAUCAGACAUCCUAAAAGGUGAGAUUAGCUCUUAAAGAAAUUAAAUAGCAUUGAAAGCAACAGCUUCCAUCGGUACUUUCUGCUGUUAAAGUGUCAUUUUCUGUCUUGGCCUCUGUGGAAGAGAACUGGCACUGGGAAGGUGGAACACACAGCAGGAGUGUCUGAGCAGGUGGGAAGGAAAGCCUUAAGACACACUCAAGAGUAAAAUUUGUUUUCCUCCAUGUUUUAGUUUGACAAAAGAGGAUCCAUCUCAGGCUGGCCAUCAUGGGAUGGCAGCCAUGUCACAAAAGCUGUAUGUAGGUAGAUGUUUUCUGGGAAUGCCAUUCACCACUUAAAAGCUUUGCUUCUGCCAAAUUUUAACCCAAGCUUUUGAAGUGCAAUGGGGUGACUGUGCUCCUGUAGCAAAUUAGGGAACUUCAGUGAGCAAACAAAACUAUAGUGACUUUUUUACUUGUGUUUGAAAGCUUUAUACACCUGCAAUGGGCAGGAUGGGGGAUUAGGUAAAAGCCACAGGAAGCAUCUAGUGUUUAUUUUUGGCCUCUGAGUAGAGAAAAAGAAAAUAUUUGUUCCAGCUUUUUAAUCUACAGAAAUACAGGUGUUGAUUGUUGUUGAGUUCAGACUGUUACUUCUUCUGAAACCAUUCUCACAGUUUGCAGCAGCACAUGGGCAGGUCUUAUUAAGAAAAAAACCUGUGGUUUCCAUAUUGAAGCUGUAAAAAACCCAAACCCACAGCAAGCCCAGACCAGCAACCCAAACCCUGAGCACUUUUGCUUUUGGUGUUCUAGGAACAAUUUCAGUUCCUGGGCUCUGCAGGGGAGCAGCAGAGCUGCACCUGCUGGGAGGGCACAGGGAGCAAAUGCCAGGAGGGGGUGGCAGUGCCUGGUGCUUCUUGGUGAGCUUGUCAGUGCUGGAAUAGGCUGUGAGUGCAUCCAACACCUGCUGAAGGGCAGUGAGUGCCAGGCACUUGUGGGUGAGUGACCUGAAGAUUAAAAUGAAAAAGUGUGCCCUUUACAAAGCCUGUUUCUGGGUGAGCAAAGGUGGGUGCAGGGAGCACCGCAGGAACUGGGCAGAUGCCAGGGCAGAGUGAGGGGUUUGCUCAGACCAGCUCAGUCAGUUUCUUUGUUCCCUGGAUGGAAAGUUCACCUAGCAGCUGCUUCAGCUUUUCAGGGGCCAGCUGGACACUGGGUGUGUCUGGGGGUGUCUGGCUGAGCCCCCAGGGGCACUGAGCCAGAGUGUGACAUGAGGGGCAGUGAGGAGUUGGAUCAGACAUUUUAGCAAUAGUCAAAUUCUGUAAUUCCCUGUGUGAGAGCCUGGCCAGAGGGGAAAGAUCACUUUUCAUGAGACAGACAAUAUUUUAUUUAAUGGGUUUUGGAUAUUCCCCGUUACUGCUCCCAGGGAGAAAUUCCAGAAAGCCUAAGCCAGUAAGUGCAUUCUGGCCUUCAGAGUAAAUCUUCAAUUUAAAUACAGAAGUGUUGUAAUUCUAAAGAGGAACAGUACAGAAGAAAAUGUACAUGGUCUUAACUAUUUAGAGUUAAUAAAUUGUUAUAUUAAAUGAUAGAAAAAUCAUUAUCUACAUCUUUUUCUAAUUCCUUGCAUUUUCUAGACUGCUUAUUAAAAUAUAGGAAAUGUAGAUUCAUCUGUACAAAAUUUGGAAUGUUUUUUCUAAGAUGAAGAACUUAUUGGAUAUGCUAAGAAUUCUUUUCUAACAACUGGUUUUAAUGCUUUGACUUAGAGGGACUUUGAGAAAUCAGAAGGUGAUACCUCUCACAGGCUUAAGGUCAGGAGCUCUUAUACUCUAGGACAAAAAGAGAAAAAAAAAAGGAAAAGCUAACUUUCUGUGGUCUCUACCACAUGUUAAAAACAAUCUGCAUGUUAAACUGAACUUGCUCAGAACCUCCAGAAUAAAAGCAUACUUUACACUGUCCUCGCUUUGUUAUGCACUGUAAUGAAAUGUGAAAAUAAUGCUGUAUUUAGCUGUGUGUAUGUGACUGAAAAUAUGCUUGUAUUUAGCAAAAUGGUUACUACGUGAUAAUGUGAAAUUCAAAACUUGUAAAGAAA